AUGGUGGAUGAAUUUGCAAAGCUCAUGAUAAGCAAGUUUCAAAUGAGCAUGAACAGAGAGAUUAAUUUCUUUCUUGGUCUUCAGGUUAAACAUGUCCCUCAAGGGAUAUUCAUCCAUCAAGAGAAAUACACCUCUAAAUUGUUGAAGAAGUUUUCAAUGGAUAAUUGCUCCUCGGCAAAGGUCCCUAUAGCCUUUGGGUAUAAAAUAUUAGCUGAACCUACUGGAGAGUCAGUUGAUUACAAGAUAUACCGAGGAAUGAUUGGACCAUUAAUGUACAUCACUGCUAGUCGACCAGACAUUGUGUUUGCUAUGACUUUAUGUGCUAGAUACCAAUCUGAUACCAAAGUAUCUCACUUGACAGCAGUCAAGCAGAUCUUCAAGUAUCUAAAAGGGAGUAAAGCCUUGGGUAUUUGGUACCCUGUGAGUAACAACUUUAGUUUUUAG